AUGGCCGAACUACCUGGCAAUGAGAACUUUGAGGGUGUAGUGGCCCCGCCAAAGGCAAUGACAGAUGAGGCGGCUACUCCUCAAAAGACUGAGCAAGACACUCCUGGUUCACAUGCUGAUGCAGAGGGCGCCCUCAGCAGAAAGACGUUCGCAUGCCUUGCAGCUGCUUAUACUGUGGAAGGCGUAGACUCGCAGCUCCUCAGCACGUGUCUCUUUGCCCUGCAGAGAGAUAUCGAUCUUAGCCUCCACGAGAUUGCGAUUCUCACAACCGCCCAGAUGAUCAUGGCCAAUCUGGCGGCUCCAUUUUGGGGAAUCCUUGCGGAUCGCCAUUUGCUGUCGCGACGGAGCAUCCUCGCCUUGGGCUGCAUCGGUGUCGGCUCGGCGGUGACUGUCAUGUCCCUGGUGUCCUCGAUGCUGCCGCUUGUUUUCCUGCGGGCGAUGUGCGGCUUCUUCCUGGCCUCCCUGAAGCCUGUUAGCAUCGGUCUGGUGGCAGACCUGACCCCAGAGCAGCAUCGAGGCAAGAUCUUCGGGCAGCUGCAGAGCUUCUUCAUGUUCGGCAUGCUGGUCACCACGCUGGUUGGCGGGAACGUGGCCAACAUCUUCAUUUUCAGCCUUGCGGGCUGGCGAGUCUUAUUCUUUGUCACAGGCGUGCUUACGUACGGCGUGGCGGCGAUCUUGGCGAAGUGCAUGGUGGAGCCGCCGCGCAGGCUGGAGAAGCCGGAAGCGUCUCAAGGCGGAGCUUGCAGGACCGUCGGGGAUGAACUGAUGGCCGUGCUGCGCUUCCUGACGAUACCCUCCUUCAGCAUUCUCGUGCUGCAGGGCAUCUUCGGAAGCAUUCCAUGGAGCAUCAUGGGGAACAACCUGCUCUAUUUUAAGCUUUGUGGCUUGCAGGAUUGGGAGUCCUCCAUUCUGACAGAGUUUACAGCUGCUGGGAUGGUGGGCGCUGUUCUAGGUGGCUUCGUGGCAGAUGUCUUGGCAAGGCGAUUGGGUAAGCAUGGGCGGCCGCUGAAUGCACAGAUCACCGUGGCCAUCGGAAUCCCUUUGAUGUACUUGCAGUUCUAUGGUGUGCCAGCAGGACAGGGCUCCUUCUGGGUGUACUUCGCGAUCAUUGGUUCAUUCGGAGUUUUCGGUACCUGGGCUGGAAUUGGCACCAACCUCCCCAUCCUCUCUGACAUUGUGCCGGCGGAACACCGUUGCAAGGCAAGGGGAUCAAUUGUGGGGAUGCCAAUGCAAGUUCUGAGAAAGCAGGUCAUGGCUUGGGAGGGUGCUUUGGAGAGCAGUACGGCAGCUGCCAUCGGGCCUGUGAUUGUUUCGCUCUUGGCCCAGAACCUCUUCGGCUACGACUUCGGUGAGAAGGGCCAGACGGGCAGCACCCUGGAGUCAGCUACAGCCCUGGGAAAGGCAAUGGCGGCUACCAUCUGCAUUCCAUGGACCAUCACGCUUUUUGCCUACACCCUGUUGCAUUGGAGCUAUCCGCGGGACUUGCGCCGAUUGAAGGAACAACGCAAGGCUGCGCAGGUGGCCUAUCAGAGCCAGGGCAGCUUGGCAACCAGCGCAUAA